ACACAACCUACCCUGAACACAGGAAUUCACGACAGAUAAGCCUGCACUCUAGAACGGUCGAGUUGCGCUACAGUUCACUCUCAACAUGGCCGAAAUGGAUCCGCCGAGAUUCGUGUACAAAAUCGUGCCUGUUGCGCCACCGGAGCCUAUCCCUGACGCAUAUCCGUUAUCCGACCUGGACAAGAAGGACGGCUUCAUUCAUAUGAGCACCGCCACGCAGGUUCCAAAUACGGCGGACCUAUUCUUUAAUGCGCACACCAGCCUGUGGUUGAUCAGGUUUGAGCUCGCCAAGUUUGUGGAUCCUAUCAAGUGGGAGGACAGCUUCCCUCAUCUGUACGGCAAUUUUGGAAAGAGGGACGUCGAGUCCGUGCAGAAAUUCGAGCGGCCGGAGGGCAAGACAUGGAAGCAAGUCAUGGAGGGAUCGUCGUGGCUCUCAUAGUCCGAUUUCGGCUACAAAACUACUGAGGGGUAUUUCCAAACGCCUGCGCGUCUAUUCUUGGAUUCCCAGAUCCUUUUGCACCAUGCCCCUGCAUAUGGGGUGGUAGAAAUCCCUGUUCUUGGCAAAAGUCUCGAGCGCGAGCUCCCGGUUCCCCUUGUUAAGAGCGCGGAACAGCGGUCGCACGUACUUCAUGCGGCCGACAGUGCCGAGAAGCUCGGCGGCCCCGUAAACGCACGUCGGGUCCCGGGCCUUGAGCGCCACGAG